UGGCAGCAGCCACCUAUUUCAGGUUUGUAUGUCUCCAAUUGAUCCUUCUCAUGCUUCUCCCAAACCCUGCGGUUCCUUUCUCCAUUAUCAAGUCUCUGCCGGGAUUUUCUGGUUCUCUGCCCUUCAAGCUUGAAACUGGAUACAUCGGGGUGGGUGAGAAGGAAGAUGUGCAAUUCUUCUACUACUUUAUGGAAUCUGAAGGGAACCCCAGAGAGGAUCCCCUUAUGCUCUGGUUCACUGGUGGCCCUGGAUGCUCUGCCAUCUCUGGACUUGCUUUUGAGAUAGGUCCUUUACAGUUCAACAUGGUGGAGUACAAUGGCAGCCUACCAACUUUGGCAUUGAAUCCAUACUCAUGGACUAAGGCUGCCAGUAUAAUUUUUGUAGAUUCGCCUGUUGUCACUGGAUUCUCAUAUUCAACGAGCAUGCAAGGUUCCAAGUCCACAGAUACAAUACAUGCCAAUCAAGGUUAUGAUUUUUUGAGAAAGGUACAACAUCAACCUCAAUCACGUUCCAGUUCACACAAAGGAUAAAUACUAGAAACAACACUUUUAUACACUUUACUAAUGUGGCAUUUUCAAUCAAGCCCCGUUAAAAAAUAAAUAAUAAAAUAAAAAAUCAAGGGCGAAUUGAGAAUGCCGCAUCACAAAGUGAAAUAAAAAUGUGAUUUAUAAUAUUGCUCCAUACAAACGCUAAUUAAAAUAAGAAUAACAAUUGAUAACUUGGUGAUGUGAAAUUUGGCAUGCCUAGUAUUUGGUUCUUCUUUACCAUUAUGUGUUGUCCAAAUAAUGAUGGUGCAAUUAGAAUUCUCAAAUACACCAACAACUCCUUUAUGAUUCUUUUAUACUUUGUAGGCAUGGGUCACUACGUGAUUGGAGUCAUGCCAGACAAUAAAAAAAAUUGAUAUCAUCCAAUCACAUGCAGACACGUUUCAAAAUAAGUUGUAUGAAAGUUAUAGGUCUAACAUUAACUCUGUGGUUUAUAAAUUCUCUCUUAUGCCCAUAAUUUCGGAGCAAUGGUUGCUCAGUCAUCCCAAUUUCAUUGCAAAUCCCCUAUAUAUUGGUGGUGACUCAUAUUGCAGCAUACUCGUUCCGAUUAUUGUUCAAAAGAUAUAAGAUGGUAUUGAAGCUGGGUAUGAACCACUACUCAAUCUUAAAGGUUACUUGCUUGGUAAU